GGCAGUUAAGCGCGUGCAGUGUCGUAAACAGGAAGUACCAUUCUGCUAGUUGGAACUACGUGCAGCCAUGAAGAUGACAGGGGAAAAUAAUGCUGGAUUUUCAGAAAUAACAAUGGAUGAUGUGAAAGACCUAAUUAAAAGGAAAGAUGAAAUUGAAGAGCAGAUAAAGGCUUAUUACGAUGUUUUGGAAGACCAACAUGUCGGAGUUGAAGGUCCUCUGGUUGACGCAGAGGGUUUCCCCCGGGCAGAUGUUAAUUUAUAUCAGAUCAGGACAGCAAGGCACAGUAUUUCAUGCCUGCAGAAUGAUCACAAGGCCAUCAUGGAGGAGAUAGAAGAAGCCCUACACAGGCUGCAUGCUCGAGAGAAAGCCAAGCGGGGAGGGGAUGAGGCAGGAGACCAGGAGGAGGCGAUGGAGCAACAGGUCACUCUUCCUCCUCCCUUUGCACGGGUGGAUGCUGUGACACAAGGCUCGCCUGCAUGUGGAGCUGGGCUCAGAGUUGGUGAUGAAAUCAUUGAGUUUGGUUCUGUUAACACGGAGAACUUUCAGAACCUCCAGAAUAUUGCUUCUGUGGUACAACACAGUGAAGGGAAACCAUUACGUGUCUCAGUCAUCCGGGACGGCCAGAAAGCUCAGAUGAACCUGACUCCACAGCGAUGGUCAGGCAGAGGAUUACUGGGAUGCAACAUUGUUCCAAUCCAUCGAUGAUCACCAUGACACUGUGCAGUAUUUCAACACCUUCCUCCACCUAUGAUAUACCUGGAUGGUUUCAAACUGACUUUGAACAUGCUGCAGUCAUUUUCACCUGUUUAUUUCCUCAGUAUAUUCACAAUAUAUCUUUAUACAAGGGCAGUCUUCCAAAUGGGAUAUAUGAAAAUAAAGUGUCACAGUACUUCUUUUUACUGAAUAAACAUUUCUAUCUUAUACUACUCUGGUUAAAAUCUUACAUGUUAACUCUUGGCAUUAGGAGUUUUAGCUUCUUUCUCUCAGUAGAAUGAAUUCACUCAGCAAAUGUUAUUGCUUUAUCUAGUGUGCAAGUGGUAUAGUUGGUGUAAGAGUGAUACCAAAGAUUACAAAAUCAAAAAAUAAAGUAUCUUGCAGUGUUUUGACGUGAUGAAAAGAAACUGAAAAUGAAUGACUGGAGACUUUAUACUUCAUUUUACUACAUUAAUCAAGAUGACCUGUCACAUAUUAUGCAAGAGCAACAGGGAAUAUUGGUUAAAGAUGAUGAAUCAUUACCAAAAUAUUUAUUCCACAUGUAAUUAGAGAUUUUGUAUUAAGUGAACUAAUAAGAUUUUCUUGAAGCUUUUCCAUCAGUUUGAAAGCUGAACACAAUUUACUGGACUAAAAUAUUUCCACCUUAA